AUGCCUCUGGACGGGCACGCAUAUCUCAGCUCAUAUGGAUGGACUAAAGGCUCAGGACUUCGAAAAGGGGCCCUAGAACGCCCGCUCGCAAUCCCUCAAAAGAAAACUCUAGCAGGGCUAGGCAAAGACAGAGACGAAGCCUUCCCAUUCUGGGACCAUGUCUUCGCUGCUGCAGCCAAGGCUAUCGUGAUCAAAGCUGACAGUGAUGAUGAAAGUGAGGACGGAGACCUGGCAACAGGCGCAUCACUGCACCGUACGCAAACGGGCAUAAUCUCAAAUCGUAGACCUGUCUUAGGCACCCCCGCCUCAGGUCUCUCUACACCUUCUGAGACUAAUGACGGUCCUCAGCUCAGCCUCGUCGCAAUGGCAAAACGCGAAGCCGCCCGUAGAGGUCUUUACUCUCGAUUCUUCCGCGGACCUGUCCUCGGCCCUGAUGACGACGAAACUACCAAGUCUCCAGAAAUAGAUGAGGAUGCCAUGGUCAACAAGGUCGUUAUACAAGGCGAACAUAAAAGCAAGAAACGGAAGCUUCGCUCUGGUGAAGAGGAAGAGGUCGCGACGACGGAGAUAGUGCACGUCGAGGUGCAUGAGAGUAAAAAGAGGAAAUCACGCGAAGAGGAAACAGAGGAGGAGAGGAAACAGAGGAGGCGGGCCAAGAAAGAAGCCAAGGCGCUGAAGGAAGCCAGACGCGCAGAAAAGGCCAAGAGGAAGGAGGAAAAAAGACUGAAGAAGGAAGCUCGGGAGGCGGACUCAGGCUCAGACUGGGGGGCGAAGGCAAUCCCGCUUAAAGAGGCCAAGUACGCGAAGAAACAGAGCAAGAAAGAGAAAAAGAAGACCAAGGAGGAAAGUCAAAGGGAUGGCUUGGGCGCCGAGAUGUCGACGAAGAAGAGCAAAAAUAGGGAAGAGAAGAAAACGAAGGCUCAAAAGCCUGUCGCCUCGGACGACGAGGCGGAGAACACCAAAGUACCACUUGAGUCCAGCUCAGAAUCAGAGUCCAGCACGGAUGCCGUGACGAAAAAGAAAAAGGGCAAACGGAAGUCAAAGCCAAUUCCAGAGCCACCAUCGUCGGAUACUUCGUCAUGA